AUGAAAAGGAAGAAAUUGAAAACCUUUAUUUCCCCUAUUUCUUCUGGAUCUGAGGCUGAAGAUGAACCUCCUAAGAUACCCAAAAUUUACAUGAGAAUUCAGAGGAAGAAUCUUGAGGAAGGAAAGCAGCAGAAAACCAAGGUCACCCCUCCGAUAUCCCAUAAGCAACUUGUGAAGGAAAGGAAGCCUACAGAGAAGAGGAAACCAAUAAAAGAGACAACUCCCACUCCUGAUAAGAAGAAGAAAUCUGAUUUAGAUAUGGCUCUUGAAUCCGAAGUUCCUCCUAAGUUUGACAUUCCAGACAUCUCGGUUGAUGCUAGAGGGAAAGGCAUAUUAGGUGAAGACCCACCGGUUUUGGAUAAUAAAUUAACUGGGGACAUAGAGGAAAUUAAACUGGAAGAUAUUGAGGACAAUUCUCAUCCGGUUAUUGAUGUAGUGGCAGAAGAAAUAAUUGCACCAACACAAAAGCUUAUGAAGGAAGGAUCAAAGGAAAAGCAUGUUAUAGAACAAGCCAUUCCAAUCCUACAACAUCUUUCCCCAGAAUAUAAGAUUAGUCAAGUAGCUAGCCCUUUUGACAAGCUUAAGGGUUUGACUGAGCACAUUGCCAAGCAGUUUCAAACUCUUCAACAAGUAUCAAACUGGAAAUUGGUGGAGAGGUACAAUGCAGCUAAGAAGAUUGAAAGGCCAGCACAAGGAAUUCCCUUGCCAGGGACUGUGUAUACAGCAUUUCCAUCUAUGGCACCAUUCAAUAUUUGUGCCCCAGUUGCUUAUCUUCCCACUUUACAAACAUCUUAUUUAUUUCCUCCUUUUUAUACGGUUCUUCCAAUGUAUACUCAGGUCAAUGAGGUCAUUCCUAAUCCUAUCUCUAACAAUGCAGUAAGACAGACAGUGAGUACUACAGUGGGGUCACAUAACUCCUCACUGACUAACACAGUGGGGUCACAUAACCAGUUCAAUCACAAUUUGCAGCCCAAAUCAGUAGUUGGUGAGAUGAGUGAAAGGAAAGAAGAAGAUGUUGAAGCAGCUUCUUAUCGCUUUGGAUUGAUGGGUUUGAGAGAUGUUAUCAAUGGAACUGACUCUAAUGUCACAACUUUAGCUAUGGGCAGAGACGAGGAUACUCUCAAUUCAUAUGACAAUUUGUACUGUUCACAUAAUUUCCCUUGGUCAGCAAGAAUUCCAAAUCCUCAACCACAUUAUAAGCUGCCAAGCUGUUAUCUUCGCCAAGUUCCAAGAUUACAUCCAAGUUAUAUUGCUGAUCUUAAUCAGGAUACACUUUUCUUCAUAUUUUACAGUACACCAAAUGAUGAGGCUCAGCUUCUUGCUGCUAAUGAAUUGCAUAACAGAGAUUGGCUUUAUCAUAAACAACUUUGUGUAUGGUUAAAGCACAAUGGAAGUGAGCAACCCAGAAUCAAGACAAAUACGUAUGAGAAGGGGUCAUAUGUUUAUUUUGAUCCACAUAAAUGGAGUUAUAUUGAAAAGGAGGAGCUUACAGUGUUUUAUGAUGAGUUGGAGAGAAGGCCUUCUUUGCCACCACAGGAAGAGAACCAGUUAUAA